AGCUUUUGUCUUCGGUGCCAGCGUUUUCGUGGUGGAUCCUUGCGCCGCCUCGCUUCCUGUGCCUCCAUCACGCAGCCACUGAAUCCCUCCCCCGGAGCUUCGUCCUCUUCUGCCUACUCGCCGGGAGCUUUCCAUCGAUAAAUGACAGUGCCAGUGUUUGAGGGUUGCAGUCUCAGCAGCUCUCGUGGUCUGUGAGGUCUUGUUCUUUGGGAACCUUCUGUCUAGGCUUGGCUUGAGGUGUAUUUUGGAGAGGGCUUGGAGUUUUGAUUCAUUGUGUCUUUAGAGGGGUUUCGCGUUGGGUCCUUGGUGGAAAUUGCUGAAGACGUCGGAGAUGGGGUUGGCUUUGACAAUGUAGCUAUGGAUCGUUAGAGUGUAGAAGGUUUGGGUGUUGCCUGAUCUUUGAGUAGGUUUUACAAGUAGUGUGGAUGGCUCUGACUCGAGUAUCUUCACUGGGCUACUGAGGAUCACGGAACGCCUUCUCGUGUCGCUUGGACCGACUUUUUAGCAUCUUGUUGUUUUCUUUUUGCGAUUUGGCCUUCAUUGGCUACAGGUUUUGAGUGUCAUGGCGAUGCUGCGCGUUCUGUCAGGCUUGUCGCCGAGCUCGGGCAAGCCUGCUCUGUGUUCGCCGGCGAAGAGCAGCCCAAUUGGUAUUCAAAGACAGGGGUGUGUUGGUUGUCGCAUGCGGUUGAUGGAGUCGUUUGCCUUCGACCGAAAUUCCAGCCCUGUGCGUCUGCAGUCCUCAUACGUGAAAGACGGGUCCGUGAGUAAGUUGUCACCAAAACGAAACAUUCUUGCACAAGCAAUGGAUGUCGGCGCUUCAGGUGAUUAUGCCGAUGCAGGUGGGGCGGGUAUUACGACCGAAGCGAAGAGGUUCCCAAUUGAGCUGUACUUUGCCGUGUGGUGGUCUCUAAACGCUGUUUUCAACAUCUACAACAAGAAGGUGCUGAACGCAUUCCCAUUUCCGUGGUUGACAUCUGCAUUGUCUCUGGCGAUGGGGUCAGUAUUCAUGCUAUCUCUCUGGGGUCUGAGGUUGGUGGAGCCUCCUGACGUGGAUGCCGAGUUCUGGAAAGGACUUGCUCCUGUAGCAAUUUUGCAUACAAUUGGUUUUGUGGCGGCAACUGUGAGCUUGUCCAAGAUUGCCGUAUCGUCCCACCACAUCAUCAAGAGCUUAGAACCAGCCUGCAGUGUGAUAAUUUCGAAGCUGUUCAUGGGGGAGGAUUUCCCCUUGUCCGUGUAUUUUUCUAUAGUGCCUAUCAUUGGGGGCUGCGGGUUAGCCGCUGCCUCAGAGGUGGAUUUCAGCAUGAUAGGGUUCUUGGGGGCCAUGCUUUCCAACAUUGCAUUCGUGUUUCGCAACAUUGCUUCGAAGAGGGGAAUGAAGGCAGGCAAGAGUGUGGGGGGCAUGAAUUACUAUGCGUGCUUGAGCAUGAUGUCUUUCGUGCUCCUCUUGCCCUUUGCCUUCGUUGUUGAAGGUCCUAAAGUUUGGGCGGCCGGAUGGACCACGGCAAUUCAGUCCGUUGGUAGACAGUUUCCUCUCUGGGUGGUGUUGCAAUGUUUGCUCUACCACUUGCACAACCAAGUGUCGUAUAUGUCCUUGGAUCAAAUCUCUCCCCUCUCCUUCAGCAUCGGCAACACCAUGAAGCGGGUGACAGUGAUUGCUACCUCAAUCCUCAUUUUUCGCAACCCAGUCAGUCCCAUCAAUGCUAUCGGUGCUGCAAUUGCGAUUCUCGGAACGUUUUUUUACUCUCAGGCCAAGUGACCUUAUUUGAACGAACUCGAGGAUCGUCAUAAUUUUCAUGACGAGGAUUGAGGCGUUGGUGAUUGAGAAUUUUGUCUAGAAAUUUUGAUUAGGAUUUUUAGGACAGAGGUAGGAGAUUGGCUUACUUGGAAGAGAUUGUGCCUUUAGCUGGGUAUCAGGAGAAGGUACAUUGUGUAUUAUACUAGAGAGAUCAUUCUUUGUUUCUUCAUAAAGGAAUUUAGCUCUGGCCUGCGAGAGAGAAAUUGACAGAGCAUCCUCGAAUGACAGUUCUUUAUUUCAAUUCCAACCUCGUAGUAGGGCUAUUUGUGAUGCUGUUUCACCAGGUUGGUGCUC